AUGAUGUUCCCCAAUCAAGACAACAAUGGCAGUGAUGCUGAUGUGAUUGGUAGUAGCAGUGGCAGUAUCAACACUGACCAACAACAUCAACUACUACUACAUCAUCCAACAACAACAACAACUACAUCUAACACAUUAUCAACAUCAACAUCAUCAACAACAAUAACAAACAACUUGGAUACACUCAAAUCAAAGAUCAUCGCCACCAACACACUGAUACAAAAGUACAAGUCAUUACAGAGUCAACACAAACAGUCAUUACAAGAGAAUAACAAGUUGAAGGCAUCACUACCACAUGCUGCUGGUACUACUGGUGCUGCUGUCAAUGGAUCGAACAACAACAACAACAAUGGAGUGACACAGCCACCAAUGUCGCAUGACAACCUGUUGAAGCAAUUACAGUUGGAGAGGAAGGAGUCAGAAUCGUUAAAGACACAGUUGGAGAAUGAGAUCAACAAUCAUAUACCCCUGCGCAGUAGAGCUGAGAAGGCUGAGGCGCAACAGGAGCUACUUAGACAGCAGUUGGAUCAGCGCGACUCAAAGAUCGUCUCGCUCGAGUCAUUCGUUCAUCAGAUACAGGCCAAGCUUGGAGACUAUCGCAUGUUGAUUGACAAGAAUGAGAAGUUGACCAAGAAGCUCGAGAAGACCAAGGAGAUAAAGAAGCGAUGUGCAGAGAUCAAGCGUGAGAAUGACAGGCUGCUCAAACAACUCAAUCACUUCAAGUUGCGUAGUGGUCAUGUCCAGGACGGCCCGUCAUUCUACGGCUCGCCAUCACGACUCAAGGCAGGCGCAUCAUCAUCGGGUGGCAAUGGCAAUGGCACUGCCACUACAAACUUGGGUCUGGAGGAGUUGGACAAUGAGCUGUUCGACAAUGAUGUCAACAACACGAGCACUGGAGAUGAGCAUGGUCGCGAAGGGUCAAAGACAGGUGUGGACGUCGAUGGCAACAACAACAAGGCAACAUCAGUGAGCGACUCUGGACCUGACUACCACUCGGAUGACUUCUCAAGAGACAACACAGCGCCACAACUAAGCGAUACUGAAUAUUAUGACUAUCAUGGCGGAGGUGGCUUUGACGAUUCAUUCAGCUCAGCAAAUGAAUCAGUGGAGAUGGAAGAGAUACACAUGACUGGACCAGUAUUGGAGGGUAGUGUGGUUGACACUGUUGACACACAACCUGCAUCAUCUGCUCCACCUCCGAGCUCUGAGAAACUCAUUGAUGCAGAGAUCAUUAUGUUGCCACCUGCAUCAACUUUGGUUGUGACCGACAAACCAUUGACUCAAUCAGUGUCGAUACUCGAUUCAUUGAAUGAGUCGGAUUGCAGUGACAGUGAAGAUGCAGUCGAUGGGUCAAUCAAUGACAAAGAUAAUGAUAAGAAGGAUGAGGAGGUCAAUGACAAGCAUGAGGACAAAGAGGAGCACAAGGAUGAUCAACAAGUGGAUGUUCAGAAGGAUGCUGAAGACAAGGAUGUUCAAGAGAUUACUGCCAAGCAAGACGACCAGAUUGAGAGCAUGAUCAUCCAAGACAAUGUUGCGAUUCAUAAACAAGAAGAUGUUGGUUCAUCACAAGACAAUGAUGAGAAGAUGGACAAAGGCGAUGAUCAUGGCACGACCCACGAUCAGAUGGAUGUUGUUGUACAGCACAAUGAUGAGAGCAGGAUGGAGAAGCUGGUUGAUACCGAGUCACCCACUGCUACCCCACAUCAAUAUUACAAUAUUAUGGAAUCGUCCAUUGCAUCACCCAUCUCUCCCGGUGCCAUAUUCACAGAUGAUGAGACCAAGCAACAAAAUGGAACACCUAAGAAGUCUACUUCAACGCCAGUCAUACCUAUCUUCAACAACAGCAUCAACAGCAUCAGUAGCGAUCAGCCCACAUCAGACGACAAUAAUCAAACAUCUGAUGACCUCUCAAACUCUCAGUCACAUGAAAAUCUUUCACUUGACGAUGAUAGUACCGAUCAGGCGAUGACCAUUGACUCGAAGCCAUCGUCCCCAGCCCCAUCUGCACCUCUGACAGACACUAUUAUGGAGAUUGAUGAUUCACCUCAACCUGUCCCCUCAGCACCAAUAUCCAAGACUCCAGUACCAGAGAAGAAGACGACCCCUUCUCAGCCAUCAACCUCACUUUCACAACCAACUCCAUCUACAACACCUGCACACACAACACCUUUACCUCAUAUCCCAACCCGAGUACCAUCAACGACGACCACAAACUACAACAUCUCAACCAACUCCCUCUACCUUGGGCUACCAAGACAACAACUUCACACCAGUCGACACAAAAGUCAACCAUGUACGCAGUUCAACAUAUUCAAUGUUCCACUCCAACUCAUCCCAAGCGAGCCCAAGGUCAUCCUGGAGCCAACACCCAAGCCCAUCAAACCAGUCACAUAUAACUCAAUCAAGAGUCUUCUCACCAAAGUUUCUCGUGGUACACUGAAGCGCUCAGACGAGGUACUGGGCAAUCUCUACACGUCCAUGAAUGGAUUGGAGACGCACGAGGCAAUCAAAUGGUGCAAGAAGUUGAUUGCUGUCUCAAUCAGUCUGUUCCAGAGUCAUUGUCCACUCUCCAGUCCGAUGAUACUUGACUACACCCAUCAAGACUCACUGAGAUUGGUUGCCAUGAUCAAAGACAUUCAAUCUCAUGGACUUACACAACACUUGCACCAGACGUUUGAUUUUAAGAAUGAGUUGUUCAAGUAUCUCAAUGGAGUGAUACUCUCUCAAUGCAGCACACUCAAGACCCAACUCAGUCCAUCGCCCAAAGAUAUCAACCAAUCUAUUUAUUUGUGUCAUGUAUUCUGCCUUCUCGCAAAGACAGAUGACGCCUCGCCUGUGCUGACAUUGAUGUACGACUUGUUCCAGGUCAGAUCCAAGCACACCAUUCAACUUUUUAAAACCAUUCACAACAGUGUACCUAUGUUACUCUCUACAACCGACAAUGACUUGAUCGCCACAAUAAGGUGUUGUCUUUAUCAAAUAUUCCAACAAUACGAUUCAAAAGAUAACUAUUCCAAGGAGUUCAAAUCACUACCAUUGACCCAGACAAACUUGAUGGACUAUGCCAAUGGCUUACUGAUCCAGUUUGACUCAGCACUGGCAUCAUCAAACCAAUACAGAAUAUUCAGCUACCUGAAGAGUAUCGAGUUGCUAUCACAAUUUCUCGGAUGGGUUUGGACAUUCAACAACUUCAUUGCCACUAGACUCUGGCAAUACCUUGGCGCACACUCCAGUACCAACCAGGUCGUAUGCAGUCUACUAAUGCAAUCGCUUGGCAUCUCUGGAGUCUACCAUCUAACCGAGAAGAAUGACCUGCAAGGCAUUGCCAACAUCAAGUCCACCAUCAAGCAGAUUCUUAAUGCUGAUACAUUCACCUUUGAGUUUAGAUUAGCCACAGCCACGACAUUGCUACAACUCAGUGUUGGACAACAUGACGAUAUCUUAGUGUUGCGUAACUGGUACAACUCAUUGUCGACACAGAACAAAGAACGUUGUCCAUUGAUAUUCGUUCAUUUUAUUCAAUAA